UAUAGUUUGAAACCAUUUGUUGCUGAAAAUUUAUUAGUAGCAAAAUUCCAAAUUCAAAGUAAUGUUUAAAUUUGGUGGCUACGCAAAAUCGGUGGGUGGUGCCAGCACACCAACUGCAGCUGCAACUGCAACAGCAAAAAAGUCAGCAGGCCGUUCAGCAGCGUCCACAAGCGUAAGGCGCAAAUUGCAUACUGAGCGAGUAAGCGAUCGCGUGGCGGCUGGCUCAUUGGCCACAGCCAACAGUUUGGGCGUGGGCAGCAUACUGGCAACGAAGGCGCCUCAAAGCGCUGCUGGGCGAUCCCACAAGGCAGUUGACACACUCAGUACCAUUGCGCCACUUUCCACUAGUGCACCACUAGCACCACCAUAUGCCAGCGCCUCCUUGCUGACAGGGACAGUCCACAAGAAGAGUUCACUUUCGCGCAAAAUUGCCGAUGCUAGUAAAGCUGGUAAAGCAGAAACACGAGCGCCACGCAAGGUCAAGUUUUCAGCCAAUUUGCACACAUGUCCGUCGAGCACUAGCAGCAAGAAAUCGGCGCGUAUUGGUGAGCUGCAAGUCAAGAAGCGCCCCAAAAAGCUGAAGCAAGGCCAACGCACACGCAAAGAGGGCGGCGUUAGCAGCAGCAGUGCCAUACCCAGCGCCAUUAAUCUGCGCGCUGCUCUACCAGAGAGUCAAAGCAUUGUACAUCGCCGUGACAUACAGCAGCACGGCUUGCUACGCGACGUGGCUCAGUUUGAACCAUCCAUAAGUGGUCCCUCGCUUAAGACAGCGGCAACAGCGAAAAAGUCCGCCGGCGGGAAACAGGCAGCUAAGCCUAAACAAGGAGUCAAGAAGAAGGCAGCUAAGAAGGUGCGCAUCAAGGCAGGCGCUAUCGAGCGUCAAGCUGUGGCAACUGUAGCAAGGCCACUGCCACGUCUGGCCUACUCCAUACAGCCGCAGGAGAAAAGCGUCAAAUUGACCCUUGGCCAGACAACCAAGCGUACGCCCAUGCGCAACACACUUAAGACGGCGACCAAAUAGUGAACAACAAACAUGGAUCAGUC